GUUUUUGUUUUGGCAUUUUAUUUGGCGCGAAUAGCGGUGUGAUCGUAGACUGUGUCUUAUUAUGAAACAUUAUAAUAAUUAAAGCAACAAAACCGUUUAUUAUGAGUCAAUAAUCAAUUCUGCUUUAAACUAAAUAAUAAGGGUAAAUUUGGAACUAUGGGCGACCUCCAAAAAAUGCGUAGUGAAGUGACUUCAGCCUUUAAAAUUAGUGGAUUCAUACUACGUAAAGAUGCUGGCACAUUUCUUGCUGAACAGUUAUUAUUAUUGCCACGAGAGGAACGAACGAAAGUGAUGGAAAAGCUGACAUUACAUCUUCUACACCAGUGUAUAUCGCAACCUAUUUUAGAGAAAGAACAUUUAGAAGUUGCUUACAAGGAAUGUUCGACGUCCGGUUUGGAAGAAAAUGAGACCGUUCUAAACGUGAUCGAUGCUUACAGCGUACCAAGACUCUGUUAUGACCACGAACUGAAGAAAUUUAUCAAAGAAACGAGCAACGAAAAAUGUCUAUUCCCGGACCCGAAAUGGAAAUCACGUUUCAUCAUAGAAAGGUACACAAUUAUAUGGCAAAGAACACUUCGGAACAAACUCUUCACUACAGACAUCAUACAAAGUGCAGACACAGAGAAAUGUUUUCAAUUACGUAAAAUAGAAUUUUUAUUGAGUUCAUCAAGUAGAAUUGAUGAUGUUGUAGUUUUAGGGUUGUUAAUGCAAGUUGUUGAACGAAAAUAUCAUUUAGAAGACCCUACUGGUACCGUAGCACUGGAUAUGACAAAUGUGCGGUAUCAUUCUGGUCUGUUUACAGAGGGCAGUUACGUAUUAGCUGAAGGAUAUUAUGAUGAUAAGACAUUAUAUGUCACUGGUUUAGUCCAACCUCCAGUAGAGACCCGAGAAACAUCUUCACCAUACUUCGGUAAUAUAAAUACAUUUGGAGGCAAAUCAAGAACAUCGCUAAAGAAUUCUAAAGGUCUUUUAAAGAUAGAAAAUGAGAACAGAGAUGGAGUAUUUGUUUUUUUGUCUGAUGUUUGGUUAGACAGUCCAAAAGUGAUGGAUAAUUUAAAGAAACUAUUUGCAGGAUUUGAUGACUACCCACCAAUAGCAAUAGUAUUUAUUGGUGAAUUUCUAUCAUGUCCAUAUUCUUUCAAAUUCCAUAUGCAUCUAAAAAAUGGCUUGAACAGCUUAGCGGAUAUGAUUUGCCAGUUCAAAAAAUUACGUGAAAAAUGCAAGUUUAUAUUUGUGCCUGGCAAGACAGAUCCAGCCGCUGCGAAUGUGCUCCCAAGACCAUCUUUACCAAAUUAUCUGACAGACACAAUACAGAAUAAGUUGGGUGAAAAUGCAAUAUUCACAACAAAUCCUUGCCGAGUACAGUAUUGUACACAAGAAAUAGUUGUGUUAAGACAAGACUUAGUUAUGAAACUUUGUAGAAAUACCCUACAUUUUCCUGACAGUGGGGAUAUACCAGAUCACUUAGCAAAGACACUCUUAAGCCAGUGUACCUUGACACCUCUCUCAAUUGGAGUCCAACCAGUGUACUGGAGACACGCAAGUUCCUUAAACUUGUAUCCAUUGCCAGAUCUAGUUGUAAUAGCUGAUCAUUUCCAACCAUUUACAAGAAGUCAUAAAGACUGUCAAGUUAUCAACCCUGGAUCUUUCCCUCGGACCGAGUUCACAUUUAAAGUGUAUGUUCCUGCUACAAGGACUGUUGAAGAAUCCCAGAUACCAAAUGAUGAUGAUGAUGCAUAAGGUCAUGAAAAUAUAUCAUUUCAUUUUUUUAUGAGACUGUUUAUGUCUACAUUGUGCCAAAUGCAAUACUUAAAGUGAAUUAAGGCCAUCCACUUGCAACUUGUUCAAAAAUUAAAUUGCUUUGAAAAAUGUGUAUGUCUAAUUUUGAGUUCAAAAUUCUUGUCAAAUAUUUUUAUAAAUGGUUUACAAACUGAAAUGCUUAUUUAAUAAAAUUAUAAAUAAUUAUA